AUGAGCAAAUUUCAUCAAGGAAGACACCAAAGUUUUCAUGAGGAUAGGAAAUCAUCUCAACCUCGGAGAGAACCGUCAACGACACCUUAUCGGCCAAGAAGAGGAGAUUAUGAUGGUUUCACAACAAGGCAACGAUAUCAUGAUAAUAACCAUGAGCAACAUUAUCGCUCAAAAUCGUAUGACAAUGAACGCUCAUCAUCAUCGUCCUAUUAUUAUAAUGAAUCAUCAUCAAACAAUAGAUCAUAUAAUAAUCGCUCAAAUUAUGGAGGCUCAUCUUCAUCAUCCACAAGAAGAACAAACUCCUAUAACGAAUAUUCAGCACCAAGAAGAGAAGAACCACCAAGAAGAAGAAACGAACGAAUGAAGGAGACGCGUGAAAAAAUUGAACACAAAGAAAGCAGUAAAACAGAAGCUGCUUCCUCACCAACAAGAGACCUAGAAUACGAGGUUACUCUUUCCGAUGAGGAAGAAAUCUCAAAACUAGGCAUUAGUAACGAGCAAGAGGAGGCAAAGGAAGAUAUUUCUAAUUCGGCCAACUCAUCUUCAGAAGAAUCAUCAUCCGACUCUACAACAAGUAACAGUGAGGAAAUAAUAUUUGAUUUUAGAAAUUCUAAACGAGUAAUUGCAAUGAUACAAAAACUAUGCAAUGAGAAAAAACUCACAAAAGAGAACAAUGAUUUCCGAAGCAUUUUGAAGCAAAAAUUAAUAUCGACCAUUCUCACCCAAACUAGAGAAUUUUUAGGAGACAAUGCAGAUGAAAAGUUUAUUAGAAACUUUGAACAAUACAUGUCAAGGCGAUUGAUAUAUCGAAAUACAAGCCAUGCAAACCAAUUUUUCGUGAAAAAAACAACUGAACAAAAGAAAAAGACAAAGGACGAAACAUUCUUUGAAUUUCUGGAACAAUUAAUUAUUCAUUUUGAAUGGGACUCUAAUGGACUCUCUGGAGUGCUGCUAGAACCGGUCCAAUGUUUGUUCGUUACUAAAGAAGGAGAGAAGAGCUACGAUUUUGAAUCAGCAUUCAUGGUUAUUUUUGCCAAAAAGCUCAAUGAAAAUAAGUCCAGUUUUACGUACAAGUUUUUGAUGUGCUGUAUUGAGGAUGGAACUCUAAGUUUUCCAGGUGGAAAGAAGUUAUUCAAAUCUGAAUCCCUUGCUGAUUGCAUAAGAAGAGAACUGAAUGAAGAACUUUAUGGAUAUAGUGUGAAUGCUGGGUCUUCUAUUAGACGAGGACCACUCUGUUGGAUGGCCAACAAUGCAAUUUUUGCUCAUGAGAUUGAAUGGAAACAGGUUUUAAUCACUCAACAAAAUAUUGAAAACAACUAUAACAAAUUGAAAAAGGAUGGACAUAUUAUGGAAUAUAAUAUUCAUCGUGUUUUUGACUCGAGCGUUCUUGAGUCACCUACUCUCGAUUUGGACAAGGUAUUAGAACAAAUUAAGAGAUUCAAGUAUGGUGAAGAAAUUAUUUCAUAUAAAUUUAUGUAUGACAACAAGGUCGAGCAGUUGGAUGGAAAUAGAAGUUAUUUCUUGAAACAAGUAUGUCGAUUAUUUAAAGCCAACAUUAAACAACGACAUGCAGAGGACGAAAUGAAACGUUUGCAAAAGAAGCCACUCACUAAAAAGGAGAAGGCAAAGAAAAAGAGGCAAAGAAAAAAGAAAUAA